AUGGACAACCAAGUUAGGCUUCAAUGACUUACAUUAACGGUGACAUUGGGGGCUUGGUAUAACCAUAUUGAAUGACACCAAAAACGUACCAUGCAUAAAAUUCGAUACAAUUGUGUUUACGCACCCAAGGGUUUACCAUACUGUAGGACCUAGGCAUUCAAAUUAUAACAAUAAGGUAAAUUUAUAAAGUUUUUUUUUCUAAUGAGUUCAGGAGUAAGCAUAAAAGACACUCAAUUUCUAUCCCAUAGUUAAACCGAAGAAGACCUUCAGGAGAAGAACUACUUGGAACUGACAUAUUGCUUUUUUGGAAGUAAGUUUCAUGACUAUAUUCAGUAAGCGCUAUUUUUGCGUGUUCUCAUUUUAGAUUUUAAGGGUUUAAAUGUAGGUACAGACCGUACAGUGCAUGGCCAUACGACGUCCAAACCAGCCGAAUUGGCGGUUUACUGAGCACACGUCAGAGUUUCGCAACAGGAUAUCCCAUAUGUCUAAACGUAUAGGGCGUUCAAUUAAGGCGUUGUUAUAUAGAGAUAAAUAGCGUAUUACUGCAAUACUAAAAUUCGACAGGGUUUACUACAAAUAAUAGUAGCCAUCAUAUGAUGUUUGCUUUCAUUCCUAUAUUCUGUACAAGCAAUGCUCAGCUGAUGCCUGUUAUUAACUUUAAGUUAUCAAAUUUAAUUGAACAAGAACUAUACAUUUUUGUCGUCUCAGCGUAUCCAAUACUAUGAAAAAUUCUGUUCAGUACAUCACGCCCUGACCACCGUAGCUUAUUUGAACGGUCGUUUAGAUGCAUGAGUGGGGUAUAGUUAUGAAAAAGUUUGCAAACCCGACCGAAUAUAUAACACGCUGAUGUUAGUUGAUCUUUUUUCCUCCUACUAUAACAUAUUAUUCUGUUUGUAGGAACACGCCCAAGUUGACUUGAGAUCGACGGAAAACCACCUCGUAGCGGUUUAAAAAUGUUCAGGUUGUCAGCAAGUUUCGUCGCGCUUUUGUUCGUAACCGGUAAGUAUCCUGAUAGAUUGUGUAUGUUUUAUAUCUAUAUACAUUCUCAGGAUAACAGGUUAAACUAUGGUGGCAUGCAGUAUGUAUACUGAUUUACGUACUAUCUUAAUAAUUACUCAGUUCGUUAAUUAAAACCGCUUCGUAAUUCGUAUUUUACCAAUACCAAUGUUUCAACUUAACAUGAAAUCGUAUAAAUCUUAACCAUGAAUAAUUAUAAGUCGAGGAGUAGCUAAAAACUACCUGUUCUCGACAAACUUUACUGCACGUGUCAUGGAUGGUUUCUGUGAUGAAUACACGCGAACACGUUUGAGUUGAAACUUGCUAAAUACUCGUUAUUCAGUUGACAAUAUUUAUAUUGGUAGUUAAUAGGAACCGGCUUCCAUUAAGUAAGCAGGACGGCUACGCGAAGACGAAUUCUAUUCACGCAAUGAUAUUCUUGAUGUCGUAAGAAACUAGAAGUUAAAUAGCCUCACGGGCACGGGAGUUGCGACUUUUACACAACGGCAAACCAGAGAUUUUCACGUCUCUUGUACAACGCAAACAUUUCAAACAGCAACAAUUUUAGCCAGCCGAAAAACUUUCAACCAGAAAUCCUUUGACUUUUUAAUAUUCUCAAACUGUAUUGAAUUCCUAUACAGUGGACAAUGCACAACAACAGUUUCACAGUAAUUUGUUUGAAGUUUUUUUUGCUUGUCUUCGACGCGUUGCCAUCAUACAUGCUUAUAAUUGAAUUAGGCCCUCGCUGUCAAUUGCAUGCCAACGCCCUUGCUAAUCAGUAUAAGCUUUCACCACGCUGUUAAUUAGUACACAAGAUGUACAAUAUCAUCGUGUUGCUGGAUUUUAUAUACAGCUAAUUGAACUGAGGUUUGUGAUGUUACUCUGAGUGUAUAUCCACACCGGGCGAGCUUGAAAAAUAUGCCCGGCCACGGUGGGAAUCGAACCUACGACCUGAGUACAUAACACCAACACAGAAAUAAUUCAAAUGAGGUUGUCCUGUAAAAACGUGCAAAACGCCACUCUCUAUGAACAUUGUGCUUUUCGCGCUCAUAUAUAUGUUCGCUAUUAAGAGUUGAAAUAGUUUAUGAAUGCAUGUUAGCGCAUUCAUGCAUGCGAAUAAAAUGACUAACUUAGUUCCCGAAGAAGUUGAGCAUCUUCCCACAAAACAUUAACGUUUAAAAGGUUUAGAAAUCCAAUAAAUUCUACCGGGUUUACUACUGAAUUGGGUUAGAAGAGCAAAUGAAAUCCGAAAUGGCUUUCAUUAUGCAACAAUUCAAUGCGCAUGCACGCAUGCCGAGCAUUUACACAAAAGAAUCUCGUUAGAUUCUUAUAGCUAAUAAGUUUCAAAGCCCUCCCAUGUUUGUGCACUGAACUGGAGCAUGAUGAAACCUUACGUAUACAGUGUGUAUAAAAAGAAAGUAAGCCUGUAGCCUUUCAAAUUGAAAUUAACGAUAAUUAUAAUAUAUAACUGAUUUGAUUGUUCUCGACUGCUUUGAGUUAAUGAUACGCGACGAAAACAUGUCUUAUUUUCAAAAGAGAUCAAUUAUAGCUUCAUUUUAAUGGUACUUGUACUGUAUACGGUAUUUCAUUGAGUUGUUCGUACAUGUCCCAUAAGUAGAAAGUCUUUUGUUUUAAGGGUCGCCAACUUGUUCGAAGCAAUUAUAGCUUGUCAGACCUGUUUUAUACGUCGAAUUUUGGUCGCGUCGAAUGCAAUUAAGACAAUAGAUAAUGAGAUGAUAAACCUCGUUAAGCUUCAUUAUCUAUUGUUUGAAUUGCAUUCGACGCGACCGAAAUUCGACGUAUAUAACGGGCCUCAGAUGAAUUCAAUAGAAUAUGGCGUUAUGCUUGAUUUAAAUUUGAAAGGCUAUAUUUUUUAAACACACUGAGUGUAUAGACCAUCAAAUGAAAUUUUUUAUCUUUGUAUAGCCAUUUUAAAUAUUGCUUAUUUAGAAUGGCUUUGCCGCUAUUCUGAAUAAUGCAUUUAUCUUAAAAAAUCCUCUGCAUGCAUCUGUCUAUAUCGGUAUAGUAAAAUGUCAAAAUAUUUAAUAGCCGAGUUAAUAUUAUCGCACUGUAUAUACUUUCUAGCUAAAAUUCUAGCAGAGGACGUUUGUGAAAACAGUGGCACACCAUUAACUGGAACUCAUCAGAAAUGUGAAUGCCCAACUGGAUUUAAAGGAUUUGACUGUAGUGAGAAAGGUGACUUAAUUUAUAAUAUUAAUUUAUUGAUGAUUAGAGUUUAAGAAAACAUUUUUUAAACGUUCAUUAUGCAUGCACUCGCAAGUUGCACUAACAAUCCAAUAGCACCAUGCAAAACUUGAAUACCACCAUACAACGCCAAGAAACAAGUAUUAAUAAUUGUUAUUUUAUUAAUACAUCCAGUUACUGUGUGCGAAGGAAAUCCUUGCAGAAAUUCUGCAGUGUGUGUGGACAAUGAUGAUGGUACAUUCACGUGCAAUUGUCAACCGAACUACGAAGGAAUUUUGUGCGAGAAGAAGGGUAAAGUUAAAAAUGACAAUAUGUCUAUAAUUCUAGAUUAUAUUAAUCCGCAAAAUGCUGCUUCAUUUCUAGAUUAUGCGCAGGGAUGUGUUUCAGCUUCCACCUGCUUUGAGAAUUAGUAAUUUGUUUUUUAAUGUAUUGUCCUUCUGUGUAUAUACCAGUGUUAUCUCUAUCAACAGACCGUAUACUUUGCACUCGAAGACUUGGUUGAUGCAUGCUCUGAAUUUUCAACACUGAUAUAUAAAGAUUAAUAUAAUUCCAAAUUCCAAUAUUAUUAAUAAAGAUUAAUAUAAUAUAUCUCCAAAUUCUAUGCAGCAUCAAAGUCUUAAAGAAGAUUAAUAUCAUUCGGAGUUUUUUGCCAAAUCAUCUUUGCAAAAUUAAUAUAUAAUUUGGACUUUUAAGGUAGCUCGAUACAGUUUUCAAAAACUUUAGGUUGUAUAACAUUUAAUUUAAUUAACAGUUAAUUUAAUUAACAGUUUGAAAAAUCGUAUUUUUAGGUUUUAUGCUGCAGAUAUCCGGAUGUUCGUCCAUUUUAUUGUUUUUUCUUUCAAUUAUGUCCGUUUUGGUAUUACAGUAAUUUUCGUACGCGUUUGUUGCCACUGUAACAAAUGCGUACGAAAAUCACUCCAAUAUAUAAGUAACCAAUUGCUUUGUGUUCAUUACGAAAAUCACUCGCCAUGUUGGACAAGAAGCAUCGGUGACCUCCAAUUUUUUCCCUGCUUACUUGCCUAGCACAUAGACUAUAACAAUGAGCAAAAUACGAAAAAUCUGUAGUACCAUUUCUUAAACGCAAAAAUGUCGUUUUCUUCGAUAAAAUUCACUAUUUGGCAUUACUGCAGAAAUUUUUAUUUUUGGCAAUGAGAUAUAGCGCAUUGUCACGUUUGCCAUUGACAUGCAACGUGUUAAAAAACAUGUAAAAUUUGCGCGAGAUGGGGUGAUCGAGCAACGGUCCUAAUAUAUAUCUAUAUAUAUAUAUCUAUAUAUAUCUAUAUAUCUAUGUCAUUUUGUUUAAUAUUCCCGUCGACACGAAUGAUCACUCUGGUUUGUUCGUAUAUAUCGUAACGUUUUGUUUUAACUAGUAUUAUUUUGGGCAUUCUUGUAUAUAAGGGUUUUCUUAUGUAUUGAUAUAUCGAGCCAUGCACGUUAAGCUGAAAAAUUCCGUCCCCUAUCCAUUUUUUUGUGAACGAGUUUAAGUUUUUGCGAAUUAUAUAAAUGAAUAAUUUUGUGUGAAUCUUGAUAGAAAAAUAUUUUCUGAUAACCGCGUUGUGUUUUUCAGUUCGUCCAUGUGACAUGCAGCCAUGUAAAAAUAAUGGCAUUUGUUCAGAUGAUGGUACAAAAUGUUUCAAAUGUGAAUGUCCUGAUGGAUUCAAAGGAUUUGAUUGUUCCAAAAAAGGUUAUUAACUAUAUAUGAAUAUUUGAUUAUAUAACGAUAAUAUAAGGCAUGCAGGAGUAGAUAGUUCUUUUAUGCUAUAUAUAUAUAUGGUAUACUCGUCUAUCCACACUGGCCGGCCAAAACGUGUUUUAUUAUUUGCCAUGCAUGCAAAAAUACAAUCGACUUAAUAAUAGAUUAAUUCACGGUAUAUAUAGCCAAUGAACUUCGCAAUGUUAUAUCACAAUUUGCACUGAAAAUCCGAUGCAAAAAUUGGGUGGUAAAAUAAAUCGUGUGUGCGUAUGUAUAUGAACUUGAUAUAGGCUAUAUGAAUGUAAAUAUGUUCAAAUGUAAUAAAAAGAUCAACAUUUAACAACAAAUCUCCAAAUAGAGUAAUUUAAUAUCACACAAUGUUCAAAGCAAGUUAGUAACGAUUAUUCCACUCAUCGAUGCAUGGACACUAAUUACUGGUGAGUCCACGUAAUUGUUUCGAAGUAGUUGACCUAUUCAAGGAAUUGAUGCCUAAAAGAAUCGAUAAUUAGCCUACGUUUUUGUCGUCGUUUUUAUGAAGCAUGCAAUCAAUGAAUCCAAAUUAAUAUUUCAUAUAGUUCUACCAUGUGAAGUUUCUCCCUGCCAAAAUGGAGGUGUUUGUUCCAACGAAGAAGACGGAAGUUUCAAAUGUACCUGUACAACUGGCUUUACAGGUUUGGUGUGUACUAGGAAAGGUAAUUGUGUAUGUUAAAUUUACAAAUAAUUAUUUGAACCAUACUAAAACGGUAGGACGAAUCGAAAUCUUUCUGUUUGCAUACGAGAUUUGUUCACGCGUAUAUUAAUUUCAUAUUGAAUUAAUUAAAUGAUUGGAAGAAUAAGAUAUCAUGAAUUGAGAUAAGGGACAAUGUUAUUUGCUGAAACUGAAAGCUGAGCCAGUGGCUGCAUAUUGUCAAAAGUCGCUUAAUUUAAUUUGGACCAAUCCAAAUGCAGGAAAUGCUAUAGACACUCCACAAUUUCUAUGCUACGGAGAACUAUAGCCAGCACUCCCGCAAGCGAACCCUAACGGAAUGUUUACAUCUGAGCGGGCUAGCCCGACUAUCCGGACCAUCUGGACUGAUUUGUGGCACAAAAACUAGAUUAAGAUUUCAUUUGAAGAUUUCAUAUGUUAGGUUUUCGACUUUAUUUCAAAGGUGUCAACAGAGAUAAUCGUGGACCAUUCUGCCAUUGACACCUUUAUUCCUUUUAAAGCAAACCACGUGAAGUUCACAUAAGUAUACUGAUGUGUAUGCAAUUUAAUUAAUGCACCUAAUAUGUCUAUAGUUAUCUAACAUAGCUAUUAAAUUUCGUUUCACAUGUAUAGAGACUCUUUUCGCUUCUACUGUACUGGAAGGUAACAACGAGUGGAUUGACCAACUUCAGGAAUGGCUGCCUUCACAGCUACAGGAGAAGAAAAUGAAACUUUGCUACAGAGCUUCAGAUAAUGGAUGGGCAUCCAGCACUUUCCACAACUUCUGCGAUAACAAAGGACCCACCGUUGUUUUGGUGAAAGUUGGAAAGUAUGCUUUCGGUGGAUAUGCUGCUGCAGCAUGGGGAGGUAAGUCUUAGUCUUCCAAAACCUUGAUACUUUAAUUUACCACCCUUUUCGAGUUUCCAAUUUGUAUGUUUGUGUAUUUGGACGUUUCCUACAACAAGCUAUUAACGUUGAAAUAUGUUAAGCAUGCACGAAAAACGUUUCAUUAACCACCUCAUUUUAUACCCUGGAUUUGUUGUUAUUCACCUAAUUGAAUAUCAACAUUGGGGCAGGUAGUACAAGUACUCAAGUAGCGAAAUUAAUUGAUUCGUAUAUAUGCUAUUCAAAAGUACUCGUGGUUGUAAUGGGUCAAGAGUUGUGAACUGAACUAAUAGCAUUUCCAUUAUUCAUUUGUAUGGGGCUUGCUAGUCUGUUUAUGAGACAUGUGAUUAAUGUUUCAAAUUUCAUUAAAUGCAUGCAAAGCUGAUAAUUAAUAAAAUGUUUGUUGUUUUGGAAUAUACAAUAUAGAUAAGUGCUUGUUAUACUCUCGGGACUAAACGGACUCAAUCAUUUAGGUGGUAAUUGGUAUUCGUAAUCUGCGCUGAAGCCCGGCGCACACUGGUGUAAGUUGCACGCACGCUUGUCAUUCGUGUAAAUUACGUACAACAAAAAUCCUAAGUUUGCGGAAAAAUAUUCAGGAUUUUGGUCACUCGAGUCGUGAACAACGAAUAUCAAACAUGUGUGAUAUUUUCUUUCAUUCAUGACAAAAAUUCCUGGUGUGCGGCAAACAGCUCAUUUUAACUCUGAGCAAAGAAGUGCGCAUGCGUGAUAUCACGUAUUGGGGAAUAUCACGCAAAUAGUAUAUCUGACUGUGGCAGAUAAUAGUUGAUUGAUCAAUUUUUAUCCUGCUAUUUCUUUUAGGUUCAGCUCGUUACAUAAAAGCCGAUACAUCCUUCGUUUUCUCCUUCUCCAAUAGGGACGACCUUGCACCUUUUAAAUCUCCAGUCUACCAAAACAACGCGAACGCAAUGUAUACCAAUAACGGUUAUGGUCCUACAUUUGGAGGUGGUCAUGACAUUUACAUUGCUAACAACGCUAAUGGUGGAACAUCGUCCUACACCAACUUCGGUCACACCUACAAACCACCCUCCGAUUAUAAGUAUACCACAAAAGAAGCCAAGCAUUUGUUGGCAGGAUCCUACAACUUCACUCCGAGUGAUGUUGAAGUUUAUUAUUUUGACAACAGCAAAUAGUUUUGUAGCCUGACAGAUGGUCGGUUCAAUCAAAAUAGUGUGUGUUUGAUAUCGGCUACAUAAUGUCCGUGAAUUAAAUUUAGGUUAUGUAAGACAUAUAUGUAUAAGGUUAUGUGUGAUAUGUAAGGUUAUGUAUGACAUGUAAGGUUAUGUAAGACGUGUAUGAUUAUGUAUGGUAUGUAAGGUUACUAAAAUGUGUUUACGUCAAACAUUUAAAAAAACAACUGAAAUAAAAAGAAUGGGGUUUUUGUAUUGGCAGUUUCAAUGGUGAAUUAAUUUUGACGUAUGAACUAUCGGCUGGAGUUAUUUUUUUAUUUGGAUAGAGUAGAUUCAAAUUAGAAACUACCUGAACAUACCAGGAUUUUUUCAAAAUUUCUCCGAUCCUUGUAUUUUUGAGGUAGUGGUACCCCUAACACGUACGAAAGUUUUGUUAUUACUAGCGAUACCUACACUGCCACAGACAGUAACAGUUCUAACUAUAUAAGAUGGGUUAUAUUGUUUGUUGAAUAUCACAAUUUUAAUUUCGUCUGCCAUCCAUCAUCAUUGCCAUAUUCAAAUUGUCAUUGGAAACGGUACGGUCGGGCCUUGAUCUUCUUUCAGUCUUGGUGAAUGAAUUUUUAGCGCCACCCAGAUACAAAAGUGUCUUGCACCUUAAUGGCUGUUUUACACUUCAACCGUACCGUAACCAUAGCCCAUGGAAGGGGACAUGACUCCGAAACUCAUUAGAAUAACAAUAUAACUCGUUAUCUAUGUUAGUCAACGUUUAUUCAUAAAUCUGGCCCUUCACCGUCACAUGUGUAUUGCAUUUUUGCCCGACUAACCAAUAGCAAUGUUUUAGGAAAGUUUCCUAUCCGUGACUCGAACAAUAGGGUAAUUGGAAAUUACUAUUGGUGGAUUUGGCAAAAAUACAAUACACACGUGACGGUGAAGAAUCAGAUUUGUGAAUAAACGUUGACUUUAUAUUGUUAUUCUUUAUAAUGAGUUUGACAGCCAUCUCCCCUUCGAUAGGCUAUGCCGUAACGUAUCGUAGCAUUUUCUUUUUUUUCGAAGUCAUUAGUUCCACUUUAAUGCUCAGGAAACAAAGAAAUACGCUACACUUCGGUACGAUACGAUUGAAGUGCAAAACGGGCAUAACGCUGAAAGUAUUUUGUAUUAAUAAAGGUAAAACAACUGCAAUUUGCUCCGUGUAUACAGGGUGUCCAAAAACCCCGAAAACUAUUGAAAUCACUUAUUGUUAAAAUUGAAUGCCCUGCUAAAAAGCUGAACGUAAUGAUGCGUAAAGGUGCACGUAUUAAAAUUUAGUUAAGAACAUCUCCUUGUAAAGUGCGCAAUUUUCUGCUCUUGGCAAUUUAAAGCAGCUUCUUAAAUAGUUUCUUUAUGCAUAAAAUUUAUUUGUGUCAAUCAUUUAUGCACUCGUGGGAACCAACAGAGUGCUAAGGCAUUCAAAUUCUAACAAUUAAAUUGUUAUUGGUGAUUUCAAUAGUUUUCGUUUUUUUGGGACACCCAUUUAACUAGUAUACGUGAAAUCUAAACCUGUUUUUGCCAUAUAGUGCGAGUACUGAUAACCUAAUUAAGCCAGUAAACAAUUUUAAUAAAAAUCACAGUUGUGAUUUACCCUAUAACCAUGUAUACAUGCAGGAUGUCUCAAAAAAGGAGAGUACUGAACCCUCGGGUGCCUAAACACCAGUGAAUCGAAUAUUAUGCAUGAAGUUAUUUAAUAAAAAUUUUUUGGUUUCGUUCAACAUAUGAUUAUCUGCUGACUAAUUUGACGUAGCGCAUAAAACAGUAAAAACUCGUUGCCCUUUGGCCUGCUGAACCAUUGUUACUCGAACUAACAGUAUGAUUAAUUUGUAACUUGACUUUCUUACCAUUUUUGAGGAGUCACUCUCCUUUACGCUAUUAGAAGCUACUUUAAAUUUCCAUGCUGGAGCAGAAAAUCUUGGGCUUAAUCAAGGCCUGAUAUUUUAAAUAUCUAAAAGUCUCCUUUUUUAAUAUAUGCACCAUGUCAAUAUUGCACGCAUGCGAGGGUUCAGCAUAUCAAUCAAUCAAUCAAUCAAUCAAUCAAUCAGUCAAUCAAUCAAUCAAACUAUCAAUCAAGAAAUUUAUUCAAGGUACCUUAAUACAAUACAUUUAAGAUAUACAGGGUGUCCCAAAAAACCCGAAAACUAUUGAAAUAACGUAUUGUUAGAAUUUGAAUGCCUUAACACUCUGCUGAACCCACACAUGCAUCAAAGCUUGACGGGUUUUAUUUCUUACGUCAAUAUUUAAUAUAUGCACACUUGUCAAUAUUUUACGCCCUUUGCGUCAGCUUAGCGCUAGGGCAUUCAAAUUUUAACAUUACGUUCAAUGUUUUGUGGUUUUUUUGGGACAACCUGUAUAUAAGAAAAAUUCCUCCAACUGGCUCCAAGGAAUUCAAAUUAUAUAACAAUAGCAUAAUUUCUAAAGGUCUCCUUUUUAAAUUUUACACCAUGUUAAAUUGCACAUGAAAAUUCUAAUUGAAAGUUAAAACGACUUAGAGAUUAGGCCUGACAGUUGUGUCAGUUCGAUUAAGAAUGAUUCAACUGACAACAGAACAAAGAGAUUUUACUGUUCGGUUUUACGCGCUGCGUUAAAUUAGUCGACAAAUAAUCAUAUUUGAAGUGUUGAAUGAAACCAAAAACUUUUAAAGUACCAUGCAUAAAAUUCGAUUCGAUUGUGUUUACGCAUCCAAGGGUUCACCAUACUGCAGGACCCAGGUAUUCAAAUUAUAACAAUAAUGUGAAUUUCUAAAGGGUUUUUUUCUGAUGAGUUCAAGAGUAAGCAUAAAAGGCACUCAGUUUCUAUCCCAUAGUUAAACCGAAGAAGACCUUCAGGAGAAGAACUACUUGGAACUGACAUCUUGCUUUUGUUGGAAGUAAGUUUGAUGACUAUAUUCUGUAAGCGCUAUUCUUGCCGUGCAUGUUCUCAUUUUAGAUUUUAAGGGUUUAAAUGUAGGUACAGCCCGUACAGCACAUAGGAUACAACGCCUAAAGCUGCCAAAUUUGCGGUUUACUGAGCAUACAUUCAGGGCUUCGCCACAGGAUAUCCCAUAUGCCUAAACGUGUAGGGCGUUCAAUUAAGGCGAUGUUAUAUAGAGCUAAACAGCGUAUUACUGCAAUACAAAUUUUAACAGCGUUUACAACAAAUAAUAGUCAUCGUGCACCAUGCACAUGAUGUUCGCUUUCAUUCCUAGCUUCUGUACAAGUAAUGCUCAGCUGAUGGCUGUUUUUAACUUUAAGUUAUCAAAUUUCAUUGAACAAGAACUAUAGAUUUUUGGCGUCUCAGUGUAUCCAAUACUAUGAAAAAUUCUGUUCGGUACAUCCCGCCCUGACCACCGUAGCUUAUUUGAACGGUCGUUUAGAUGCAUGAGUGGAGUAUAGUUAUGAAAAAAUUUGCAAACCUGAUCGCGACCGAAUAUAUAACACGCUGAUGUUGAUCUUCUUUUCCUUAUACUAUAACAUAUUAUUCUGUUUGUAGGAACACGCCCAAGUUAAUUUGAGAUUGACGGAAUCGAAAACCACUUCGAAGCGAUUUAAGAAUGUUCAGGUUGUCAGCAAGUUUCGUCGCGCUUUUGUUCGUAACCGGUAAGUAUCCUGAUAGAUUGUGUAUGAUUUAUCUGUAUACAUUCUCAGGAGAACAGGUUAAACUAUGGUGGAACGCAGCAUGAUUGUAUACUGAUUUACAAUCUUAAUAAUUACUCCUUUCGUUAAUUAAAACGGCUUCAUAAUUCAUAUUUUACCUAUACCAAUGUGAAAACAUGAAAAACUUAAAUGAAAUUGUACAAACUUAAGCAUGCAUAAUUAUAAGUCAAGAAGUAGCUGAAAAGUACCUGUUCUCGGCAAACUUUACCGCAGUUGUCAUGGAUGGUUUCUGUGGUGAAUAUACGCGAAAACGUUUAUACGAGUUGAAACUUGCUAAAUACUGCUUAUUCAUGCAGUUGACAAUAUUUAUAUUGGUAGUCAUUAGGAACCUUCCAUUAAGCUAGCAGGACGGCAAAGCGAGGACGAAUUCUAUUCCCACAAUGAUAUUCCUGAUCUUGUAAGAAAGAAUUUAAUAGCCCCACGGGAGUUAGAACGCUGUGUUUGCGACAUUUUUACAACGGCACACCAGAGAUUUUCACGUCUCUUGUACAACGCAAACAUUUCCAACCGCGACAAUUUUACCCAGCCGAAAAGCUUUCAACCAGAAAUCGUUUGCCUUUAGUAUUCUCAAACUGUAUUGAAUUCAUACAGUUGGGCAAUGCACAACAACAAUUUCACAGAAAUUUGUUUGAAGUUUAUUUUGCUUGUCGUCGACGCGUUGCCAUCAUACAUCCUUAUAAUUUAAUUGCAUGCCAACGCCCUUGUUAAUCAGUAUAAGCUUUUACCACGCUGCUAAUUAGUACACAAGAUAUACAAUAUGAUCGUGUGCUGGAUUUUAUAUACAGCUAAUUCAAUUGAGGUUUGUGAUGUUACUCUUGAGUGUAUAUCCAUACCGAGCGAGCUUGAAAAAUAUGCCCGGCCACGGUGGGAAUCGAGCCUAUACGACCUGAGUACACAACACCAACACAGAAAUAAUCUAAAAAUUGUCCUCUAAAAACAUCCAAAACGUCGAUCUCUAUGAACAUUGUGCUUUUCGCGCUCAUAUGUUCACUAUUAAGAGUUGAAAUAGUUUAUGCAUGUAUGUUGGCGCAUUCAUGCGAAUAAUUUACAGGUAUGCAUGCAUGUUGGUGCAUACAUCAGACUAUUCUAAUUCCCAAAGAAGUUCAUGAGCAACUUUCCACAAACCAUUAACGUUAAAAAGGUUUCGAAAUCCAAUAAAUUCUACCGGGUUUACUAUUGAAUUGGGUUACACGAGCAAAUGAAAUCCGAAAUGGUUUUCAUCAUGCAACAGUUCAAUGAACAUGCAUGCAUGCAUGCCGGGCAUUUACACAAAAGAAUCUCAUUAGAUUCUUAGCUAAUAAGUUUCAAUGCCCUCCCAUGCAUGUAUGUGCACUGAACUGAAACCUGAUGAAAGCUUAUACGUAUAAACAGUGAAAUGAAAUCAUUGAUCCUUUGCCUAACCAUUCUAAAUAAAGCUUAUUUAGAAUGGGUUUGUCGCUAUUCUAAAUAAUGCAUUUACCUUAAAAUAUCAUCUGCAUGCAUCUGUGUAUACCGGUAGUAUAAUGUCAAAUUAUUUAAUAGCCGAAUUAUCGCACUGUACUGUAUAUACUUUCUAGCUAAAAUUCUAGCAGAGGACGUUUGUGAAAACAAUGGCACACCAUUAACUGGAAGUCAUCGGAAAUGUGAUUGCCCAACUGGAUUUAAAGGAUUUGACUGCAGUGAGAAAGGUGACUAAUUUGAAUAAGAUUAACUUAUUGAUGAGUAGAUCACUUUUAAGAAGACAUUUUUUUAUAGUCCAUUAUGCACUCGCAAGUUGCACUAACAAUCCAAUAGCACCAUGCAAAACCAAAUACCACCAUACAACGCCAACAUACAAGCAUUAAUAACUGUUAUUUUAUUAAUACAUCCAGUUACUGUGUGCGACGGAAAUCCUUGCAGAAACUCUGCAGUGUGCGUGAACAAUGAUGAUGGUACAUUCACGUGCAAAUGUCAACCUAACUACGAAGGAAUUCUGUGCGAGAAGAAGGGUAAAGUUAAAAAUGACUAUAUGUAUUAGUAUAAUAUAUUAGUCUGCAAAAUACGGCGAUCAUGCAUUUUUAGCGAGAUUAUGUACAGGUUUUAUGCAGCAGAUAUCGAGAUGUUCGUCUAUUUCAUUGUUUCUUCUCAAUUAUGUCCGUUUUGGUAACACACACUCUGGUAACAUAUAGCCUAUAUAUAAUUGCUUUGUGGUGUCUAUUAUGAAAAUCACUCGCCAUAUUGGAAAAGAAGCUCGGUGACUCCCAAUUCUUUUCCCCUGCAUUAUAUUUACCUAGAAUAUCGACUAUAACAGGAAAAUACAAACUCUGUAGUACCAUUUUUUUAAAGGAAAAAUGUCGUUUUCUUCGAUAAAAUUGAUUUGGCAUUACCGAAUUUUUUAUUUUUGGCGUGCAAUGAGAUAUAGCACAUUGUCUUUUAAUCUUUUAAAAAUUCGCAUUUCCACUGCAUGACUUCAGCAAUUUGCCUUUCUCUCGCGAUCACGGUGCCAUCUAUUCUCGUUAAUCAAUGCAGACAAUUAAUAAAACAAUGUGAAAAGCAAAUUUUCAAACCAAAAUAACCAUUUACAAAGCAAAUUUACCACUGAUCCGCCCAAAAAUUAUAAAAAGUAUAGCUAUUAUGUGGACUGAUCUCGCUCGCAUGUAGACUUCGGCGGCAAGAAAGCCACCCAAAAAUGGCGGCGUCAGACUCGAGGCUAAUUGACAUGCAACGCGUUUUAUAUAACAUGUAAAAUAGCGCGAGAUCGUGUGCGCAUAUGUACAGUCCUUUCGUUAAUAGUCCAGUGGACACGAAUGAUCACGCUGGUUUGUUCGUAUAUAUCGUAACGUUUUGUUUUAACUAUUCUUGUAUUAUUUUGGGCAUUCUUGUAUAAGGGAUUUUGUGUAUCUUAAUAUAUCGAGUCACCUUUUAAUUAAGCUGAAAAAUCCCGUCUCCUAAUGCAUAUUCGGCGAACAUGCAUGCAUGUUUAAAUACUUGCAUGCAAAUUAUAUAAAUUGAAUAAUUUUGGGUGCAUGAAUCUUGUAUGUAGUAAAAUAUUUUCUGAUAACCGCGUUGUGUUUUUCAGUUCGUCCAUGUGACAUGCAGCCGUGUAAAAAUAAUGGCAAUUGUUCAGAUGAUGGUACAAAAUGUUUCAAAUGUGAAUGUCCUGAUGGAUUCAAAGGAUUUGAUUGUUCUAAGAAAGGUUAUAUACUAUAUUAUAUGACUGAUAUCAUAUAUUAACUAUAUAAUAAUGCAUGGAGUAUAUAUUGUUUUUUAUGGUAUAUUUAUGGUAUACUUUUCUAUCCACAAACCAAUUAAAACGUGUUUUAUUAUUCGCCAUGUUCAUGCAAAAAUGUUAUCAAUUUAAUUUAAUAAUAGAGUAAUUCACAGUAUAUAGCCAGUGAAUUUAAGUAUUAUAUCAGUAUUUGCACUGAAAAGCCGAUGCCAAAUUUGGGUAAAAUAAAUCGUGUGUGUAUAUGUAUGUAAAUAUGUUGAGAAGUAAUGAAAAUAUCAACAUUUACUACAAUAAAUCUCCAAGUAGAGUAAUUUAAAAUCGCACAAUGCUCAAAUUAAGCAAUUUAGUAAUAAUUAUUCCACACAUCGAUGCACGGACACGUACUGCAUGGCGAGUCCGUAAUAGUUUCGAAGUAUUUGACCUGUUCACGGAUAUUAAUGCCUAAGAGAAUCAAUACUAUAUGAAUCAUGUUUUUGUCGUCGUUUUUAUGAAGCUUGCAAUCAAUAAAUCAAAAAUUAAUAUUUUACACAGUUCUACCAUGUGAAGUUUCUCCCUGCCAAAAUGGAGGUGUUUGUUCCAACGAAGAAGACGGAAGUUUCAAAUGUACCUGUACAACUGGCUUUACAGGUUUGGUGUGUACUAGGAAAGGUAAUUGUGUAUGUUAAAUUUAAAACUAACAAUUAUUUGAACUAUACUAAAACGUAGCACGAAUCAAAAUAUUUCUCUUUUGCAUGCGAGAUUUGUUCAGGUGUAAUCGUGUAUAAAUAAUUUCACAUUGAAUUAAAUGAUUGGAAACAUAUAAAUAUAUCGUGAAUUCAGGUAAGGGACAAUGUUAUUUGCUGAAACUGAAAGCUGAGCCAUGCAGUGACUGCAUAUAUAAUGUCAAAAGCCGCUUAAUUUGGACCAAUCCGAAUGCAGAAAUUGCAAUAGCCACUCCACAAUUGCUAUACUACGGAGAACUAUAUUUGACAAUCAUAUGUGGCAAUCAAAUUUGACAUGUCUAGUAAAAUCUUUUCCACUUCGCCAUCGCUUCCGCAUACAACCCCCUAACAUGCUGUUUAUGUGAGGCUGCAUGCUAGCCCGGCUAUCUGGGUCAUUUUGACUGAUUUGUGGCACGAAUACGCAUUCUUUGCGGGAAGAGAUGAUUUCAUUGGAAGAUUUCAUACUGUAGAUUUCGACUUUAUUUCACAGUUCUCAACAGAGAUCAUCGCGGACCAGUCUGCCAUUGACACCUUUAUCCUUUUCAAAGCAAACCACGUGAAGUUCACAUAAUUAUACUGAUGUGUAUGCCAUUUAAUUAAUGCACCUAAUAUGUCUAGUUAUCUAAUAUAGCUAUUAAAUUUCAUUUCACAUGUAUAGAGACACUUUUCGCUUCUACUGUACUGGAAGGUAACAGCGAGUGGAUUGACCAACUUCAGGAAUGGCUGCCUUCACAGCUACAGGAGAAGAAAAUGAAACUUUGCUACAGAGCUUCAGAUAAUGGAUGGGCAUCCAGCACUUUCCACAACUUCUGCGAUAACAAAGGACCCACCGUUGUUUUGGUGAAAGUUGGAAAGUAUGCUUUCGGUGGAUAUGCUGCUGCAGCAUGGGGAGGUAAGUCCCAAUCAUCCAAAAUCUUUGAUACCUUAAUUUACCACCAUUUUCCAGUUUCUAAAUUGUAUGUUUGUUGUAUUUGGAAGUUUCCUACAACAAGUUAUUGACGAAUACCUAUUUAAAUUAACGUUGAAAUCUGUGAAGAAUGCACGGAAAACGCUUCAUUAACAACCACAUUUUACACCUUGGUUUUGUUGUUUCACCUAAUUAAUUAUCAACAGUGAGGCAGGUAGUACAAGCACUCAAGUAGCGAAACUAAUUGAUUCGUAUAUGAGCUUUUCAAAAGCACUCGUGGUUAAUUGUAAUGAAGUCUAGAGUUAUGAUCUGAACUAAUAGCAUUCCCAUUAUAAAUUUCUAUGGGGCUUGCAAGGCUGUUUAUGUGACAUAUGUGCAUGAUUAAUCUUUCAAAUUUCAUUAAAUGCAUGCAAAGCUCGGAUAAUUGAUAAAAUGUUUGUCGUUUUGGAAUAUACGGUAUAAUAUUGACAAGUGCUUGUUAUACCCUAUGCACUUAGCGGACUCAAUCCUCUACCUUGUAAUUAGUACUUGUAAUCUGCACUGAAGCCCGAGAACUGAGUGUAAGUUACACGCACGCUAAUUGUCAGUCGUGACCAAUGGACCUUUCCCCUUAUAACUAAAAUUUCGAUCUGGACAAAAAUUUCAUCACAGCUUGAAAGAGCAUCACAAAAUUAGCAAUAUUCCAAAGUUUUGUUGCAAAAUCUUGUAAAAUGCGGAUAAUAUAGCCUUGCGAAUUUGCUGUUUUUCAGUCAUUUUGUAUUACAAACGAGAAAUUUACAUCCGAUUCGGGUGUUGGGGCUGCAAUUUCCCGUUUGUAAUACAAAAUGACUGAAAAUUGCAAACUACGCAAGGCUCUAUUUUCCUCAUUUUACAACAUUUCGCAACGAAACUUUGGAAUAUGACUAAUUUUGUGAUGCGCUUUCAAGCUGUGAUGAAAUAUUUGUCUAGACUUGCCUAGAUCAAAAUUUUGGUUAUAAAGGCCUGAUUCCACACGCGCCGCUUUUUCUCGGCGGAAUGCGAAAUAUUUCGCAUGUUUCUUUUGAAUUGUGAGCAAUCGAGUAGAAAUAAUUUAUUCGAGUGGUCGCAAUUCAAAAGAAACAGGCGAAAUAAUUCGCCUUUCGCCGACAAAAAGCGCCCGUGGAAUCGGGCCUUAAGGGGAAAGGUCUAUUACGUGCCACAAAAAUCCUAGUGUGCGGAAAAAAUAUUCAGGAGUUUUGUCACUCGUGUCGUGAACAACAAAUGUCAACGUGAUAUUUUCUGUCAUUUGUAUAAAGAAAUUCCUACUGUGCGGCAAUUAAACGGCUCAUGCAUUGCAACUCAUCGCGACAAAGAAGUGCGCAUGCGUGAUAUCACUCAUUGGGGAAAAUCACGCAAAUAGUAUCUAUUACUUUUAAAGUUUGUUCGUUCGCGGCAAGCAGGUAUAUCAAUCGUGUUUCGAUCGCUACUCUGGUUUAAAUAAAUUAUUAAAAAGCCAGUCGAAUUGCAAUCAAGACCUAACGUUUCGACACUCCAGUCUAGUGUCUUUAUCAGGGGUGAUCCAAAGAUGCAAACACGAGAUUGCGUGGGAAAGUAAUUACCAUAAACAAUCGCUAUGGUCAAAGACUUUGCCUAGAAGCGUGGCAUAUAAAUACGAGUAAUCAUGCUUUGAAUAGGGAUGACUGUGCCUAUUUGCCAGAGGAAUAUAUGAUCUCAUUGGCAGGAGUGACUCGUCCCUUGGGUAUGUAAGAAGCCACGAUUGCAUCUUUAGAUCACCCCUGAUGAAGACACUAGACUGGAGUGUCGAAACGUUGGGUCUUGAUUACAAAUCUACUGGGCUUUGUAAUUAUUUAUUUAAACCAGAAUAGCGAGCGAAACAUGAGUAUCUAUUACUGUGGCAGACCAUAGUUGAUUGAUCAAUUUUUAUCCUGCAAUUUCUUUUAGGUUCAGCUCGUUACAUAAAAGCCGAUACAUCCUUCGUUUUCUCCUUCUCCAAUAGAGACGACCUUGCACCUUUUAAAUCUCCAGUCUACCAAAACAACGCGAACGCAAUGUAUACCAAUAACGGUUAUGGUCCUACAUUUGGAGGUGGUCAUGACAUUCACAUUGCUAACAACGCUAAUGGUGGAACAUCGUCCUACACCAACUUUGGUCACACCUACAAACCACCCUCCGAUUAUAAGUAUACCACAAAAGAAGCUAAACAGUUGUUGGCAGGAUCCUACAACUUCACUCCGAGUGAUGUUGAAGUUUAUUAUUUUGACAACGGCAAAUAG